CCUCGGAAAGCGGAGGGGCUCUUCAGAACUGAGCGCAGUGACACUUGUUCACACUGACAACUGGCUGGCUGGCUGAGCACUGAAAAGUCUAGGAACAUGUCAGUGACCAAUGCGCAAGCGGAAGUUUAACUGUUGCCCACCUUUCAUUGAAACUGGACACGCUGGUUCGAAGCACUCUCGCCCUACAUGGACUCGGACUGGGAGGCAGUACUGUAUGAAUGGGUGCAAAAUUGAUAUCUCUUGCACAGAUCUUUCUGACGUAGACUAUCCACAAGAAACCGUGAAUAACAUGCUCUUUUCGAAUUUAGUCUCAAUGGUCUAGUUUCCUAUAUGUUAGUCUACUGUAGAAACGUUUGGAGGAGCUAAUCGACAUGCAUUAGAAGAGGAGAAACAACUUGCUGGGCUGGUGGACUGGACAGAGGAAGAUUUCGCGAGGACACUCGCAGGGCGCGUAUGGAUUACAUGUAAAACCAGUGUUGGUUUCGCUGCUAUUUGGGGGAAAGUCAUCCGAGAAGUGCAUUUUCAGGAGACCAUGGACAGCCUCGCUUCCGUGCUAGAGGGAUUCCGUUCAGCCUGGAUUGAUGUUUCCCGGGACUCGAAGAGCUCACAGCCGUGGAAUGGAGAGUGAAAUAAGCUCUAUGAAAAAAUAGGCUAUUUAUAAUAUUGGUGUGAAAUGUAUUUAUGUUCUGGGUAUCAUGGUUUAUUUCCCCAACAAUCGUAAAUAAACUACUUGGAAUCUAGUGAUACACUUCGAAUAGUGGAUACUUUUAAAAGGAGCGCUUUGGUGACACAUGUAUGGAUCUAUUGAAUUAGGCUAUGAACGGAAUUCAACUGUCAAAUGACAGUUUCAAAGACGUUUUGUUUUGUUUCCACUAUCUCUUUAAUUUCAUCCAUCCACCGUAUCACUCCAUUAACCAGGUUAGAGCCGUAGAGAAAGAUAAAUAAACCCCCUGUCUCUUAUAGCGCGCCCACACGGGUACCGGGGUCGGGAUGUGGGGUGGCCGAGGUCUCCCAAUGUCUGUCACCGUGGUUGUAACUCUACUCCUGGUUAUUAUUGACGUUAAGGCGAGUGGAGAAUACUGUCACGGUUGGCAUGACACCCAGGGCACCUGGAGAGAGGGCUUCCAGUGCCCGGAGAAGUUUGAUGGUGAGGAUGCCAUCAUCUGCUGCGGGAAAUGCGAGCUCCGGUACUGCUGCUCCAGCACUGAAGCACGGCUGGACCAGGGGACUUGUGAAAACGACAAGCAAGCCCAGGAACCGGGCACCAACAGCAAGGAGAACAAGGAUACGGGCGCAGUACCCAUCUACGUUCCCUUCCUGAUCGUGGGCUCUGUAUUCGUGGCCUUCGUCCUGGUGGGUUCCGUCGUUGCCGUGUGCUGCUGCCGCUGUCUCCGCCCCAAACAGGAACUGUCUUCAGGGGGUGGGGGAGGAGGCGGGUCUGGUGGCGGCCGUCUCCUUGAGACCAUUCCCAUGAUGGCCAGCGUGGGCACGUCUCGCGGUUCCUCCUCCCGCCAAUCAAGCACAGCCACGUCGUCCAGUUCCUCUGCCCCUCCUGCCCAGGUGCCUCGCCCGGCCCCCCAGCCCAUGAUGCGCACCCAGGCCUCUUGCUGUCUGCCUACAGACGCCAGUGUCUUCGUCAACAUGCCCACCAACUUCUCCGUGCUCAACUGCCAGCAGGCCACCCAGAUCAUGCCCCACCAGGGACAGUUCAUCCACCCCCAGUACAUCGGCUACGCCACCCACCACAUGUCCCCGCCCCAGGGGGUCUACCUGGACCCCACCCAGGGGGGCUACAGACAGCUGCAGUCCCCCUACCCCCCACCCACCAGUGUGGCCAGUGUCACCAGUGAGCAGAAGUACCCUCCAGUAACAGUUUGAGGAAGGGGCCAUUUUGGUGACUGUGUGUAUCAGACCGUGUGAGGACUUUGUGGAACUCUGCCAGAAAACCUUACAGAGAUUGCGUGAGAAACCUUAUGGGGACAUUGGGAGCUCGCCAGCUUGGAGAGAGAAUGAUAUGGACUCGUAAAACCCAAGCUGGGAUCUGUGCCUAACCAGCCACAGUGUGCUGCGUGCGUCUGUCCUACAUCCCACUGGGCACACACCGGUUGAAUCAAUGAUGUUUCCACAUUAUUUCAAUGAAAUGACGUUGAACCAACGUGGAAUAGGAUGUUGAAUUGACUUCUGUGCCUCGUGGGAUGUGUGUGAUAUUACGUUGCCUCAGGGUAAUCAUUCUGACUGAGUCAACCUCACCCCAAGAUGGAGUAUGUGAGGACAAGAAAGGGGUACAUCUUUCUGGAUGUCCUCAUUCAAGAAAACACAAUCACAUAGAGGGGUCAAGCUACUCACCAUGGCCAACGACUCUCAGCAUACAGUGGCUUGCGAAAGUAUUCAACCCCUUGACAUUUUUCCAAUUUUGUUGCCUUACAAUCUGGAAUUAAAAUUGAUUUU